AUGACAAAUAAUAGUUGGCAGUCGUUUCGGCAUAUGGGAAGUUGCGCUGAUGGGGGCAUUGACAAGAAAGCCGCUUGGGAAGGCUUCUCUCCCUGUUUGCCUACAUGGAUAUCUUUGAUACAAACAGCCCAGCCGGAUUACCCACCAGGGUUUUCUUGCUCUCAAAAUCCUCCUAGGCUUGCCGCUAAAUUGUCCACAGUUUGGCAUCCGAGUCCAAGGAUGACAAGCCUACCUCCGUGGGCCCCUCUUGGCCUAUCCCCGCUCUUCCCUCGCCGGUGUCGAGCUGAAUCCCCCAGGGUUUCCAAUUGUGUCGCUAAGGGGAGGGGAGCCAAGGGGGAAAAAAGUGUCAUUCCAACGAAACAGCGAAUCACGAGGCCGAACAAGAAACACCCCACAAUCCACUUUUUCCUAGGAAGUCGACAGCUUCUCCGAGACUCCAUCUGUUUGGCGCCAGCAAAAUACAAUGUUCUUCGCUCUCUUCCACAACGUUGGCUAGUUUCCAUCAUCAAUUCCAGUUUUCCAGAAGGCGAUUUCACUUUGGUUCCUUGGCGAAGCCUUAAGAGCAUCCAUCACAGGGGCCAUGCACGGAGCAUUAGUUAUGAAAUGCUUUUUCAGACGUGGAAAAAAUAUCCGAUCAGACGCACCUUGGAUCUACGUCAUUUGGCUUUUUUCCCCCGUGUCCCAAUAGAAUUUUUGCAAAAAGGCUUUGGAAACAGAUACCCGAAACAAUAUCAGCAACAGCAGCCACCGGAAGCACCAGCUUACAAGCUUUCCAGUAGUCAUCCGCUACACAGUCACAGCUCCCCAAGUGCCCUACCCCUUAAACAUAACCUCCAGGGUGUCGGCUCUGACGAUUUUGGGUUGGAAUUUAAUGCCGUUCCGAAUCUUCACGAUUUUAUAUCUACUCCACAGUAG